AUGCUGACUCCGAUAUUCGUCUGCGAGCAGGAUGAGUCGUUUGUCAUUGUUUCCAUAACCCUUUCGGCCCUCUGCAAAGUGACAACGGCCAUUUUCAGCAUACUGGGGCAGCAGUUUACGUUUCACUGUGCCCCGUACUACCUGCGCCUCAAGUUUGAUCAGUGUAUUGCGGAGGGGCGCAAUGAGCGGGCGACGUACGCGGUUGAGACGAAUGUCCUGACUGUGUACGUCCCCAAGGAGCACAGAGGCGAGCUGUUCACGCAGCUGGACAACCCCGCCUACCUCAUAGCCACGGAAAAGGAACGCCAGCAGCUGGUACAGUUGGUCGGGGGCAGUGAAGCGCAGCGGGAGGAUCCCGCGCCACUCGACGAGGAAGAGACGGAGUUUCGGCAGCAGUUAUUUUCUGCACGUGGGCCAGCAGAGGGCUGCGGCGACUACGGCUUUGCAGGAACUUUCUCUGGGUUGUUUGCCUCCGUUGACCCCGGCAUCGCUGCCGAAGUGCUUGAUCUACCGCGCAACCCAGAGGAGACAACGGUGGCCGAGCGGCGGCAGCUUCGCCUGCAGUCGGAAGACCACGCCUUUGAUGAAGACGCCCUGUUGUUAAGCUUUGAAGACGCUGAGGGAGAAGUGAAGCGUUUGCUCCAGUACGUGCCCCAACACCGUGCGGACUACGUCGCCGCUUUGGAUGCGGAGGGGAUUCGCUACAUGGUCCCGUCCGCAGCAAUGCGAGGGAAUGCCACAACUGCGACUGCCGCUGCCGCUGCCGCCGCAAACGGUGACCACGACAGGGGUGUGCUGGAGGAGGAGGAUGUCGUGUUGCCGAUUUCCACCGGCGUUGUGGAUGUCUGGGCUGGCAAUAUUGGGGACUUUAAACGACCUCUCGUCGAGGAGGUUCCGCCGCCGGUGCUGGCGGACGUGGACGUGCCAAUGGAGGCCUCCAGGGCGACAGUUGCGGCGCCUCCUGCCGGAUCGCUCGCCACUCCGCAGCAACGCCCGCGUGUAUCGUUCUCCUUGGACGAACAAGCGGUGCUGAUGAAUAUUAAAGCCCCACGUCUACUGUUUCCGCCCGCUGCCCAGGUUGUGGACGCGCUCACGGCGGACAUUCUUUUUUCCGAGGCCUACGACGACAUUGUGACGGAAGGGACAGGCUGCAGCGAGUCCUUGUGGAAUGUCUGCAAACUAAGCCCGGCGCUCUCUUGGCUGGACCCGGCGGAGAAUGUGUACGACGCCUGUGUCUUCUUCGCACGUCGAGCCCUCAUUUACCCGCUGCACCGCAAUUUUGCUUUGAUUCAGCGCGUAUUUUCCUCAGUUGGGGUGCGGCUGCUGUUGGGGAAAUCGUACGUCAUAAAGGCCCUCCUGCGUGUGCGCGCCAUACUCGCCCACGCGGAGCACCGCCACGUGCUCGUCACCCUCUUCCUGAACCCGCUGCUUGGCUACUGGAUGGGCGUGCAGGACGCCGACGAGCGUUUGCUUCGCCUCGCGUUGGAGCUUCACGCGCAUGUCACACGUGUGGAGCCCGAGAUGGAGGUGGCCGCCCCCACCUCCUCGCUGCUCGUGCAACGGAAGCGGCGGCUGCUCCCGCUGAGUUUGCUUAACCUCGGCCUGCCGUUCUCCUGA